AUGGCCAUCCCGAUCUUUCGCUCAACCCUGAUCUUCGUCGUUCUCGCUGGAUGUGCGAUUUUCGCCUCUGCUGUGUCGCCCAUGCCUCUCUCGCCGUUUGACGAAGCCGUUCAGAAGCUGAACAACUCGGGUUACACCAGCUUCGUCUCCCUCGUCAACGCUUAUGGCAAGAUGAAGCAGGUCAAGGCGGCCCUUUCCAAGCCCCUCACCAUGCUCGUCCCCAGCAACGCGGCCAUCGCCAAGGUCAAGAUAACGAGUUACUCAACAGCGCAGCUCUCGACGCUCGUCAUGUUCAACGCCAUCAAAGGCGUUAUGCCCUUCCAGAAGCUGCGAAGCCUCGCGAAAAACUCUACGCUCGCGACGCUCUCCACGGACCUCAAGUCCAAGAAGUCGCUGAUACUGACGAAGCUCUCCCCGCUCAAUGCGCGUUGGGUGGCGAUGCAGGGCAAGCCCGGGAGCAAGCUGAUGAUCACUAAGGGCGACUUUUACCUAAAAGCCGUCAUCUGGACUUUCCCUCAACUGCUCUCCCCUGAGGCCGAGUCCGAUCCCUCUCUUGCCUUGGCCGUCAUCUGGAGCCUCGCUCCUUUGCUCUCUCCUGAGGCCGAGUCCGAUGCUGCACUGCCGUCUCGCCUCGCCACUCUGUGCGACCAUUUUGGGGCGGUCAGCUCUGUCAGGUGGGCUGGGAGUGGGAAGGAGUGGGAAGGAGUGAAAAGGUGUGGUGUAGGCGAAGGGUUAGGAAGAAAGGUGCACGAGAGUGGGCUGUCCUCCCACCUCGCCACUCUGUGCGACCAUUUCGGGGCGGUCAGCUCUGUCAGGUGGUCCCAUAAUGGACUGCAUCUGGCAACAGCAGCGGACGACCAGACAGUGCAUGUGCACGGCAGGAGAGAGCGGUGGAGAUGGGGAGGGGGGAUGGGAAUUGGGUGGUCGCAUAACGGAUUGCAUUUGGCAACCGCAGCAGAUGACCAGACGGUGCAUGUGUACGGCAGGAGGGAGGGGCGGGGGAGCGUGGUGUUUGGGGAGAUGGACGCUCCUAAUGUGGAGAAUUGGACUCUCAUGCACUCUUUGAGAGGCCACACGGGGGAAGUGGUGAGUCCCUUUGCUAGCCCUGCUGCUGCCCUAUCAUACAUUUGUGAGAAUGAAGAGGUGAACUGGGGACGGCAGGCGGGAGGGGUGGGGGAGCGUGAUGGGACACACGGGGGAAGUGGUGGGUUCCUUCCCUCUUCCUCACACUCUCUCUUCGUCACACUCGCACACGCACUCCUGAAUGCUGUGCAAGUGCCGGUCGUCUUGCACACGCACUCCCUUUUAGGGUGUUUGGGGAGAUGGGCGCUCCUAACGUGGACACUCACUCACUCGCUGCGAGGCCACACAGGGGAAGUGGUGAGUGGCGAUGGUGGUGCAUCUCCCCUCUCGGGUGUUUGGGGAGAUGGACGCCCUGCCCCUAACGUGGAGGACAACUGGACGCUCAUGCACUCGCUUGCAAGUGCUGUGCUGGCCUUAACUCUUCCCGCUCUGUUGUUUGGGGAGAUGCACGCCCCCAACGUGGAGAACUGGGCACUCAUGCACUCGUUGCGAGGGCACACGGGGGAAGUGGUCGAUGUGGAUUGGUCGCCUGAUGACUCAUUAGUCGCCACCUGUAGCCUCGACAGCACGGUUGAUGUUGAUUGGUCUCCGGAUGACUCAUUAAUCGCCACCUGUAGCCUCGACAGCACGGUGCGGAUCUGGCAGCCAAUGACGGGGCGCCAGGUGGCGGUGCUGACGGGGCACAGCAGCUUCGUGAAGGGCGUCGCGUGGGACCCCAUUGGCCGGUUCCUCGGCAGCCAAUCAGACGACAAGAGCGUGAUCGUGUGGCGGGUGAAUGAUUGGUCGGUGGCGAAGCGUGUGGAGGGACCCUACCCCAAGUCGGUCGGAGCGACUUUCUUCCGCCGCCUCUCCUUCUCCCCCUGCGGCUCCUACCUCACUACAGUCCACGCCUUUGCCGACCCAAACCACACUGCGGCGAUCCUAGACCGCACGCUCGGGUGGGCCAAGACUCUGGACUACGUCGGGCAUACCGGACCUGUCACUGUGGCUCGGUCCCCAUGCGGCCUUCACAUGCUCUGCUGCUCUGCAGACGGCACUGUAGCAGCCUUCCUCUUCGACCAAUCAGAGCUCGGCAUCCCUCUGACGCACCGCGAGAUGGAUGGCCGGAUCGCCAGCCUGUACGGCCACCGCCACGUGGCGGCAUCCCAUUCGCUCGUGGAGGACCCGGAACUGCUGGCGCUCCAGCAACAGAGAGCUGCUGCUGCUACCCAUCUCUUCUCUUCCUUGCUUCACAUCCCUCCCCAUCCAGAUGCCUCUCCCUCUGACCUUCUCUACACUACCCCAUCUGACCUGCUCUGUUCGCUCAACGGCCACGUGCUGUGGCGGGACCGACUCCCUUCCCCCGUCACUGCCAUUGCUGGUUGCCCCACCCUCUUUCUGCCCUUUCGUCCCCCCCUUUUGCUCACCAACCAGACGCCUCUCACUCUGACCUGCUCUGUUCCCUCAACGGCCAUGUGCUGUGGCGGGACCGACUGCUUUAUCCUGUCACUGCCAUUCCCAACUGUCCUGCCCACCCCUCCCUCCCUGCCUCUUCCCCAUCCAGACACUACCCCAUCUGACCUGCUCUGUUCGCUCAACGGCCAUGUACUGUGGCGGGACCGCCUGCCUUCCCCCGUCACUGCCAUUGCCGGCUGUGACCCCGCUGUUUCCGCCCAUCCCUCAACCCUCUCACCCUCUCCCGGAGCCUCUCUCUGGGCCGUGGCCUGCUCCCUCUCCUUCCUGGUGAGACUCCCUCUCAGACUGUCCCCCUUCCGCCCCACUGCUGCCUCCUCCCUUCCCUCUACCCUCUCAUCCUCCUCGCCCGGAGCUUCUCUCUGGGCCGUGGCCUGUGCGAAUCACUCUCUGCUGGUGAGACUGCUUCUCCUAGCUCAGCCUUUGCCUGUUACUGCCAUUGCCGGCUGUCCCCCUUCUUCUGCUGCCUCCCAUCCUUCAACCCUCUCACCCUCUCCCGGAGCCUCUCUCUGGGCCGUGGCCUGUGCUAAUCACUCUCUGCUGGUAAGGCUCCCUCUCCUUCCUGGUAAGGCUCCCUCUCCUUCCUG